AUGCCAGAGACUGAGACUCCAGAGGAACAACAACAAGAAAAGGAAUUCAUUAACGCCUUUACCAAGAGAGUACUCAAGGAAAAGAGCGGGAAUUACAGAGUGCUGAAAAAAUCCAUUGAUGGUAGGGUCGUAUAUCCACAGGCUGUAGGGAUCACUUCCAAUCGUGGUAAUAAGCUGUUGCAAAGAAGUGAGAAUGUGACAAGGCUGCAUUUGGACUCAAAGAAAGUAGAUGAAGAAGAAGUUGUAUUCUACAAUGGUUCCGAACAUCCUUUGUUGCAGAGAUCAAUCAGGAAGCCCUCUGUUGGGAAGACAAGCGGUGACAGACAAAAGGAAGAGGCGCAAGAAGUGGAAGAAGAAGAUGGGAGGUAUGUCGAUUUAAACAAUUUGGUAAACGUAACAGAGACAUUAUCACCAAUUGCCUCGUUAGCUGAUAUAGCGCUUAAUGAAAAUGGGAAAACUCAUUCAUUCCACGAUAAUGUUUUGAAUAAAUUGGCAUUAUAUGUCAUUCUAAUGAUUGAGAAGGAACAGAAUUCGUUGAUUCGAUACUCAAGAUUAUUGGAACUAUUAUUAGGUGAACCUCCGGUACCUCUAUAUGAAAAUAAUUUGGGAUUGAAACCAUAUGACCAUAAUUUAUCAUUACCAGAUGAAGAAGGACAAGACACAACCAACAGCAACGACAAAAAUGUGCCAACAACCGAGUUAUCUAAUGGGACCACCGAACAUAGCAUAUUGCCCCAACCUGGCACUGAAUUACCAACAACCAAUAAUAAUAAUAAUAAUAAUAAUAAUAAUAAUAGUAACAACGAUGAAGAUGAUGAUGACCCAUUUUUUUCUCUACCAGUUUUGGAGAAUGUAUCCAGAUUGACCAAAUCAUUCGCUAAGAUUGCUCAAAUGCACCCCGAUAAGGAUACACUUGAACCCAUAAGGCAGGUCUCACAGGUAGCGCUACAAAGAAAUCAAGAAUUUGUCAGGAAUUUGAUUAAGAUCAGAGGAUUCCUUGUAAAGGCAAAUAGAAUACGAGAAAGAAUCUUACAAUGGAGUAAUGAAUAUGCAGGUUUCCAAGAAGAAGGUGUCACCAUUCCAAAUGUAUUGAAAGUUGUAAAGAGGGGUUUAAUAAGUGCAACCACUAACAAAGCAAUGAGCGAAUCGGGUGAUGAAUCUCUGGCUGAUGAUGGUGAAAAUUAG